GUUGGGUUUCGUGCAAGACAAAAGUUUCUGUUGAACGGAAAUUUGCCGAUAAACGGAGAUAAAAAUGACCCUCACAGCCAAGGCUCCGUGUUUCAAAUCCAAGUUUAUCACUGCUGAGUUGGCUCGUCUGUUCAGCCAGUCGGACAGUGAGGAGGAGUUUGAAGGUUUCAGCGAGGAAGAGGAGAGAGGAUCUUUUAACAAACGGCAAAAAAAGACCAAGCUGGUGGUUGAAGACAGCGACGUGGACACGGGCUUUUACUCUGAUGGCGAGGAUGCCCCCCCACCGAAGAGAAGGAGUCUUUUAGUUGCCCUCAGGUUUCCCGUCAAAAGACUGUCUGCCGCCAAACAGGCACUCAAAGAAAAAAAUGUCAAAAAGCCAGUCAAAGAAACUCCUCCUUUACAAAGAACCAGAGGAAGGCAACGGAUGAAGCAGCAGCAGCAGCAGGAUGAAAAAGAGGAGGAGGAGAAAGCAGACAAAGAGGAGCUCCUGUCUCAGAGCCUCAAGAAACGAGACAAGAACAUCCAGGAAAACAAAGCCAUGCUAGCUAAGCUGUUUGCUGAUCUGAGCACCAUGGCUGACUUGACUCUGCCCACCACCCCUCAAAAGAAGAAGCGGGCGUCAGAGAACGGGACAACACGGAAACGCAAGUUUGAACCAGAGAUUGGAACGGAGAGGAGGAACCCGUAUCGCAAGGCUCGUCCUCCUGAGAACUUUGCAGUGGAGGAGAAGAGCGAGCCGCUGAGCAUCAGAAGUCCCAGGAAUGUAGACAUCAGGAGACUAGUGGAGGUGGAUGAGGAUUUUGUUGAGAAAAAGAAAAGGAGGCGCCAAAGCUCCAGGAGGAUCAAGUUUGAGGUGCGGUCAGUUGACGACAUCACCCAAGAAGACCUGGACAACAUAGCGGGCUGCAGCAAAGACAAGAUCUGGGACAAAGAGAAUGGCAGCUCGUGCCACCAGUGCAGACAGAAGACUCUGGACACCAAGACGGUGUGUCGCAGCGGUUUCUGUGUGGGGGGCAAAGGUCAGUUCUGCAGGCCGUGCCUGAAGAACCGCUACGGAGAGGAAGUACGCGAUGUGCUGCUAGACCCGACGUGGUCGUGCCCUAUCUGCCGAGAUAUGUGUAACUGCAGUCUGUGCCGUAAGAAGGAGGGCCGCUGUGCUACCGGCAUCCUGGUGAGAUUGGCCCGCUACAACGGCCACGACCACGUCCACGGCUAUCUGGAGAGCAUUCAGAGGGAUCUGCAGUGAAGUCCAGAGAGAAGAGCGUGGAGGAGAACAUGUUCGUAGAGAUAAACCUAGCGCAGGCUCACUACCCUAGAACACAUUCUAAUGUACAUAUUUAGGUUAAGUCAACCUAUUUAACUAGAGAAACAAAAGCAUAAAUAUGUUUUUAUUUUUAUUUUACCUUAACACAAGGCGCACACACUGUUGAUAUGUUUUAUGUAUCCUGGUUUAAGGCUUCAUAAGAUGAAGGGAAAAGUUUGUUUUUAAGACUCUACUCCCUUUUGAGUUGUAUAAUUUCCUUUCAAUAUUUCCACUGUUGAUUUUAAAUGGAACAAAUGUACGGUAUGGAUGCAAAAAUAACCUUUUUAUAUACCAACUACUCUUUUUUAAAGUUGCUGACUUUACAGCAUUGUUGUUCUCUGGCUACUGUAAAUUCUAAUAAAGAAUGGCAUUGUAUAA